GAACAGUUUGACAAGUCUCUGCCGGAAUACUAUUAUUUAAUGGAGUUCUUGUGUAACUUUGAUGUAAGGGAGAUUCUUGGAAAGGGAACCUACAGUGAAAUAAAACGCUGUAUUGACCGAAGAACGAAAGCAGACUUCGCUGUAAAAGAGAGUGUUUGGCGCACUAAGAGAGAAAGGAGAUGGGCAGAGAAUGAAGCGGAGAUUUUGAAAGGCCUGGACCAUCAUAACAUCAUUCGCCUGCAACACAUGUAUCAUGGCCAGCAGUCGUUUUAUCUUGUAAURGAGCUUGCGUCAGGAGGAGAUUUGCUCAGUGACAUUGUCAACCGCCCCUCGUACUCUGAAAAGACUGGACGAGAGAUAAUGAAACAGAUUCUGGAUGCUGUGACGUACUUGCACGAUAACYGUAUUGUUCACAGGAAUAUCCGCCCAGAAAAGCUUCUGCUAUCCUGGAAAUCAAUACCAGACCAGCCAUACCCACCCAUAAAAUUGACUAGUUUUGGUAAUGCGAGGAGAUUACCAGMCGAUAGGGACACCAUAACGUGUGAAGUGGAAGGUUCUCCUCUUUACCUUUCACCAGAGAUAGUUACCAACAAAUCCAUAGGGACCCCUGUUGAUAUCUGGGCCUGUGGAGUGAUUCUCUAUAUUCUCUUGGUCGGCUAUCCACCUUUCUGGAGCACGCAACGCACCCACCUCUUUGAAGAAAUCAUAAAUGCUAACGUUACGUUCCCAGUCAGCAAGUCGCAAAGUAUAUCUUCACAAGCAAAAGAAUUGCUGAAUAAAAUGCUUAUAACAGAGCCACGAGAACGGAUCACUGCCGAGCAAGCAUUACAAGAAACUUGGAUAACUGACGAUAAUAUUUCAACAUGUCACAGGAAGAACACGCUGGACCAGUUGAACGUGUUUAACGCGAAGAGAAAACUAAAAGGAGCCGUGUUUACUGUUUUUGCUAUGAACAGACUGCAGCAAUCUGCUUUUCCGUAAUUUACGCACACUAUUACGUGUGAUCAAUACGUGCGUGCUUGCGUAAUAUUUUUUCGGAAAGUGGAACGAUUAUGAUGAUAUAAGCAAUACCUUACGUCCUUGGAAAGAUAAACCAGAGAAAACUGAAUAUAAUUAAUGAUAAUUAAAUGGAAAUGGAAAGUAUGGUGAACUGCAUAUAUAGAUAGAAAUUAGAAUGGGAGGAAUGCAAGAAAUGAAAAAAAAGGUGACUGAUUUAAUAGAAUCUUUAAUAGUGAGAUGUAAAUAAUGUUGUGCCGUUGAAUUAAUAUAGUCAAAAAUCUAAUACUAUUGUGAAAAUAAUGAAUAAACCGAAAUAAACAUAUAAGUCAUCAAAAAUA